AUGAUCGUGGAUAAUGAAGACCAAGAAUUUAUUUCUGGAUUGUUCCCUCAGUCAUUGGAAUCACUCACUCUAAGUUUGUAUGAUAUUCCAUUGGAUGAACACUCUCUGCCACAAAAUUUGAAAUCACUAUGUCUCACUACAUUAAAUGCCACUGUUGACAUUAGACACCUACCUCGAUCACUGGAACAUAAUCGUUACAAUUCAUAA